AUCCAGGGGCUGUAGUCUCAGAUCUGAUUUAAGAGGCUUGACAGUUCUAGCGUUGCCGUUGGAAACAUGCGGCUCCUCACAUUCAGCGUGAGUUCCCUGGGGCCCACAGCCACCUCAUUCAGCCAAAGGAAGGGGACAAUAGAGGCUUGUUGAAAGUAUAAACGACCGAGUAAGAGUCAGUGGAAACUGUCCAAAUGACUCUGGUGCCCGAUAAGAGCCAAUGGUCAUUUUCGCCAUUAAAUGACGUAUUUAAUAAGCUAAGACUUAAAUUUUGAUUUGCAGUUAUCACAAACAAUUCUGCGAAGUCGAUACAAGCAGCGCUGCUCUCACUCCCACCCCUUGUUUUUCAUCCGAGACAGCUGUGUAAGAGCUCUGGCUGUCCUGGAACUCACUGUAGACCAGACUGGCCUCGGACUCAGACCCGCCUGCCUCUGCCUCCCGAGUGCAAAGGUUAAAGGCGUGCGCCACCACCGCCUGGCUUCCCACCCGCUUUGUGAAAAUGGAAGCGUGCAAUAGGAUUCAGCUUCACAGGCAUGCACGCGCAGGUCCCAGGGCUGUGGGUUAUGCUCUCUCCUUCCACCUCCUGUUGGGUACAGGCUUGUAAAUCCGUGGGACUUGGCCCCUGCUGUGUGAUUGGGAGUUCAAAGCCAGCGUGGUCAUGGUCUACAGAGUGAGUUCCAGAACAGCCAGGGCUACACAGGGUGAGAAGCCCACAAACAAAAAUCUUAAGAAUCCAUUGCCCUGAAUACCAGUUUGAUAGAAAAGAUGAAUACUUAAUAUUUCUUACAGUGGCACACUGGAUUUGAGCCAAAAGUGGGAGACAUAACCAGAUAGUUUAAUGGUCACUCAUUUGAUAGAACCGUUGGCCAAAGCUCUGCUCACGGAACGAUAGUGGGACGGACACUGAUCGCCUCUGAUUAGGAGAGUGGAAUCCAGAUGGUAUCCGGUCACUAUUUUACAGAUAAUGCAGCUGUAGCCCCUUGGAAGGCCAGACUCGCCUGUCUGCAAUCUUCUCGGGUUGCAAUCCUGUAGCCCACGCCCCAGCCAGGUGGCCACCCACAGAGGGCUCUGCGAAUAUGGCCAAGGAACAGCAUGGGACCUGGUUUGGCUUUGGUUUCUGCGGCUUUGGGCAAGUGCUGGGCUCUGGGGAUGGGCGCCAUUCGGUGGACAGUCCCGAACCACUGUGUGCCAGUGAGGACGUUUGCCGAGUGAGUGCAAGCUGGAGCUACACCGCCCUGGUGACCCGUGGAGGCCGGGUGGAGCUGUCAGGCUCUGUGAACAGCUCAGCAGAUGGCUGCCGGGAUGCGUGGGCUUCCGAGGGACUCCUGGUGGUGUUGCGUGACAAGGAUGGGUCCAGCACAGAGCUGCGGGCCUGGACGCCAGGCUCGGCACUGCAGGGGGAGCCCCUCUGGGUCCAGAACCUGGUUUCUGGGGCAGAGGACCCAGGGGAAGAUGAAUCCAGCAGUGAGACUAGGGCGGGUACCCUGCCGCUGUUGCCCCGUGCCCAUGCCUACGUGAACCCGCAGCCCCCUUUCUGUCAUCCUCUGGCCCCAGAGCUGCGCGUGCGCCAGCUGGAGCUGGGUGCCGAGCAUGUGCUGAUGCUGUGUGAAGCCGGUCAGGUGUUUUCCUGGGGUGGAGGCAGGCACGGACAGUUGGGCCACGGGACGCUGGAGGCGGAGCUGGAGCCAAGGCUGUUGGAAGCCCUGCAAGGCCUCCGGAUGGCUGAGGUGGCAGCGGGUGGCUGGCACUCGGUGUGUGUGAGUGAAACUGGGGAUAUUUAUAUCUGGGGCUGGAAUGAGUCAGGGCAGCUGGCCCUGCCCGUAAGGAACCCUACAGAGGACAAGAAGAGAGUGAGCGGGGCAGAAUUGAAUGAAGAUUGUCUCAAAGAAGCAGCAGCAGCUGUGACUGAUGUUGAGGCUCCUGCCCCCUUCAUAGCCAUCCAGCCCUUCCCAGCUCUACUGGAUCUUCCCAUGGGCUCAGAUGCAGUCAGGGCCAGCUGCGGAUCCCGACACACAGCCGUGGUGACACGAACAGGAGAACUCUAUACCUGGGGCUGGGGUAAAUAUGGACAGCUUGGCCACAAGGACAGCAGCAGCUUGGACCGACCUUGCCGUGUGGAAUACUUCGCUGAAAAACAACUCCAAGUAAGGGCUGUCACCUGUGGACCCUGGAACACUUACGUGUAUGCAGUGGAGAGAGAAGAAAUAUGACAUAUGUUAUGUGAACCCCCAGGUUGCUAAUGGAGCCUAGGUGAGGAUGAACUGUCACAAGCCAACGUAAGUUUAGAGACGGAUGCAGAUCCCACCUCAGGGUUAAAGGUGCAUGACUCCAAGAUAAAGACCAAUGUUACAAAGCAUGUAGGAAAGAGCUGAACAUGUAUAUAAAUGUUUAUUUUUGGAGCAGUGCUAGGGAUCAAAAGAACCCUAUACUUCCUGUGUGCUGGACAAGUGUCAAUAGCUAAAUUUUAUGUGUGUGUAUAUACAUACACACACA